AUGGAGAACUUUUUGGUAAGUUCUCCGACGCAACUCGCUCAGCCAUAUAAUUAUGACGAUUCAAGAUAUAUGCAAAGCAACUCUGGCGUUAAUUUGAAUAAUGAUGUCCAAUCAUUGGACUAUUACGACGACUCGCUGGAGAAUCAGACAUUUAUACAACAACAACAACAACAACAACAACAACACAACCAGCAUCUGCAACUGCAACUGCAACUGCAACUGCAACUGCAGCUGCAACAGCAGCGACAACAACAUCAGCAACAACAAACGCAAGGUUCAAAUCAGAAUUUGCUUCCGCUGCCACAACAUCAGUUCCAACAGAAUCAAUCGCUAUCGUUUCCAUACCUGCCACCAAACACAGAAGAUCGCCAAGAACAAUACCCGUCUAACCAAUUACAACAUCCACAGGCAAAUCUGUUUCCAUAUCAACAUCAACUGCAGGACUUUUACCCAAAACAUUCACGAGAUCAAGAUCACUUGGAUUACCUACCCAAUCCAAACUUUCAAAGCGACUCUAGUUACAACCAAAAACUCAAUGAUCCAAAUCUUGAAAGCGAAAAUGAAAUCGUACCGAUUUCAACCAAAUUACCCGAUAACAAAGUCUACGUAACAGAUGAAUCAGGGUUUGGCAUCAACAUAUAUGAUACAAACCAUACUAGCUUUCAACACUCCAGAAACAUUUCACUCGACGGAGUCUUGCAUAUUCUGAACCAACCACACAAUUACCACAACAAUAACAAUCAACUACAACAACAACAACAACAGCCUUAUUACCGCUCGCAUCAGUAUACGGACUCGAUCGCUUCAAUAAGUCAGGACCCGCCAAUUGGCCAAAUUGGAGAUAUGUUACCUCAGUCUAUAUCAUCUAAUACAUUGUACUCUCUUGAUUCAGUGCCGUCAUUUGAAUCACCAUUGCAUCAACAACAUCAUCAUCAACAACAACAACAACAACCGCAACUGCAGCAGCAACUGCAACAUCACCAUAAUCAGUUAUUCCCCACAUCACAAGCACAGCAUUUCACAACUACUCCACGAAGAGUUGGGAGAAACAAAUCUGCAUCCAUAUCAAUGUAUACAACACCAUCAAGAGUGGGACAUCCGGGUUUAUCGCCUGUCAAUUUAGCUGCAUCUACAUUUGCUAAUGGUGGUGCUAACAAUAGCAACAACAACAACAACAACAACAACAGCUCCACAAAUGCAGGUAAUAGUAGUAGUUGCACGAGAGUCAAUAACCGGACGCCUGCAAACAAAGUUGUUAAGGGACAUUCAAGAACCCGCUCAAGAGUAUCACUUGACGCAGCAGCAGCAGCAUUGGCAAGCAAGACAAACUCGGCUUCUUCUUAUAAUCCAACACUAAACCCAUUCUACACACCUUCACAAUUUACUCAAAGAUCAUUUGAUGAACACGAAGAUGACUUGUCGAGCACUCCGUUGGUUACACCAGGAUAUAACAAAUUGAAACAAUCGCAUUCGACCUUUUUCAGCCCUAUCCGCAAUGACGCAUUUGAUGCAUUGGAUGAUGACGAAACAGAUGCAGUAACACAAUUGAAAAAGGCUAAAUCGUAUUCAAGCUUGGCAAGGAGACAUCAAAAACGUGACUCUUUGCAUCGACCACAUUCCCAAAUGAAUAGCUUGAGUGAGAAUAUCUUAUCUGGUCCAUUAUUAUCAUCACAAAAAGCGACCGCCGAUGACUAUCAACUGCAACUGCAACUGCAACUGCAACUGCAACUGCAACUGCAACCACACUUGCAGCAGGGCCACAAGAUUGAUUUGCUCCUGCCAGAAUUUGAGGAUAACCAAUCACUAAACUAUGGCGCUUACGACAAGAGCAUAACAACAAACUUGAGUCAAUCGGUAUCGCCAUACAACAAGCAUAAAAGGGCACCUCAGCCGCAGCCACAACCUCAAGUGAAUUUGCAAUAUCCAAGUGCCUCUGUCAACUUAAAUGCAUCAUUUACUAUAACGCAAUCGGAGGAAGAGCAUUUCACAUCAAAUGGGAACUCACCAGCAGCAACAACAACAACAACAGCAACCACGACAAACACAAACACAAACACUACCACUACCACUCCGAAUUUAUUACCACCAAUGGCUACCUUUUCAAACACCUCACUGCAAAGAUCGUCUAAGGACGAAUCCGUCUAUUUCGACAAUGCUAAAAAGCCAAACUCAUCAAAGAAUAACAGGAAAAACAAGAGUAGUGGUGGCAGCGUUCCGAAAUCUGUAAAGUCGCUGAAGUCCCUGCUCUCGUCAUCAAGCUCUAGUGGAAGCGAUGGCAGCAUUUCAAGUUUGCAGGAUGUUGUUGAUGAAGAUGGUACAGUGACGAUUGCAAUUCCAUCUGAUCUUCAUGUGACGCGUCCAACAGUGCGUAAUAAUAGAUCCGAUAAGAAUGAUAAAGUGGAUCCAAAAAAGAAACACAAGUGUCCAAUUUGUGAAUCGAGAUUCCAAAGACCCGAGCAUGUCAAGAGACAUCUCAAGUCACACUCUUCUGAAAAACCAUUCCAAUGUGAUGAACCGGAUUGUGGCAAGUGUUUCAAUAGAAAGGAUAACUUAAAAGCGCAUUUGAAAAAAAUCCAUGGAAUUAUUAGAAAACCAUUAUGA